AUGGAGUUCAGUGCAGUGGAUUUUGUCCUUGUGGUUUCUUUUACGCUUUUUUUUACAGAGAACUACGAAAGACUUGCCGUUAACGGAAAAGCUGUAAUAAUGGCGGCCUACUGUAAUCGAUUGAAGGUUUUGGCGGAUCAAUUAGCAAACGUUGGUGCAAAAAUCUCUUAUCAAAGAUUGAUGUUGAAACUUAUUGGUGGUCUCACCGAAGCCUACAACGGUUUUGUCACUGUUAUUCAACAACGUGACCCUCUUCCUUCCUUUGCCAAGGCACGUUCCAUGCUUUGUUUGGAGGCGAAAAGCAUGCAGCAACGUACCCAACGUGAAACAGGUUCGACCUCUUCUUUGCUUGUUCAUUCUUCCACUGAUAAUUAUGCAUCUGAACAGUAG